AUGGGUGAUAGAUAUCUUCGCGGCCCCUCGCCCAGCCCUUGGCUGAUCAGCUUUGGAGGCAGGCCAGUUGCUAGACACCUUCGCAUGCCGUCAGUCCAGGAUCAAAUUGAGCAUGACAAGCAGGAGCUCGGGUUAAAGAGCGUUGAGAACGGAUCGGCUGCGGAAAACCUUCCCAUGGUAUCAGUCCAGGAUCAAAUUGGGUGUGGCAAGAGAGCACUCGGGUUGAAGAGCUUUAAAGGUGGUCCUGUUGCCGAAGACCCUUUCAUGCUGUCAGUCCAGGGCCAAACUGAAUGUGACAAUAAAGAACCCGGAUUUGAGGAGGAAGUUCGCGAGAUGAGGGCUGCUAACACAACCCCAGUUAGUUACAAUCUCUCGGGCACUGUUUCUUAUCACUCAUACAACAAUAACAAUACCCCAUCAACACCAGCAACCCCCAAAACUCCCACCGCCUCACACCUCUCUUUUUACGCUCUGGCUGCCCGCGCGUAUCAGGAAUCCAUUCGCCCCCCCGAUUCCCCGCCGCCCUCUGUCUGGGCCCCAGGCGACCAGCUACACCUUUACUACACCCAACUCCUCAUUGUUUUCUUCGACAAUUUCCGCACCCUCCUGCACGAACAUCAACAGCUCCAAGCGCAGCAAGGAAAUAUAGUAAUGAUGAACAAAAAUGCCUUCUGCAAUGAAUGGCUCAGACACUCCCGUAGCGUCAUGGACAAUAUCCGCGCGGAAUGGGGUCAGCAUCCGCUCAGCUCUGGAUUAUCUGUCAAAACGACUUCAAGCAACACGAUGUAUAGGGAUGUGGCCAAUAUGGCGCUGCAGCACACGACGUUGCAGCCAACAGCACCACCGCAGGAAGGGUGGAGGAGGGGCCAGCCUCUACAUCCGUAUUAUGUGCUUAUGCUUGGGAGGUUUGAGAAUCAGUUGAGGAGUUUGUUGGAGGAAGAGUUUGGAAGUUCUAUGGCGUUGGAUGAGAAUGCAUUGCAGGCGGAGAUAUUUGAGUAUGAGGCUCUUAUUCUGCAGGAGUAUCGGAAAAUGUGGAUUGAGAUAUUUGGGCUGUAA